AUGACUGGUGCACGUGAAGACGACCGACAGUACUUCAAAAAACAAACGAAUAGACAAGAUUAUUAUUAUAAUAGAAAGAAUUCUUUCGGGACGAUUACUCCUUAUUCAACGGUUCCAUUAAAUUCCACAACGCUUGCUUCCAAUCACAACUCGUUUACAGCUUUACCUAGCUUGAAACCAGCUCUCGAACACACUCCUGUUAAUAACUUUAAUGCUCGAGAAGUUUCAGAUUUUUUGAAUAACAAAACAUUGGAACAAUUUCAUGAUGAUAAUCUACCUGAAUCAGAAAAACCCGAAUUGUAUAAAUCGACCGAAAGGGCUUGGGGAGCUAGAAAUGGCCUUGUGUGGGGACAAAAAGGACAUUUAAUGGCAAAUGGAAAUGAUUUUUUUGAUGAAUUGAGAAAGUCAUCGUUUUCUCAAGUAUCAAAUGGUCAGGCAUCGAUAGCCAAGCAAAUCGAAAGAUCAUAA